AUGGCAUCUGCAUAUCAAGUAAAAGAAACAAUGUCGGGUGCAAUGAGUCGUCUUAGUGUUGGUGGUAAUCAAAAUACAAUGAAGAAUAAUGAAAAUAAUGAUACACGUCAUCUUUCACUUGAUACAUCGAAUAUAGCGAAAGUAUUAGUAAUUGGUGAAACAGGCAGUGGUAAAUCAACAUUUAUUAAUUAUUUAACAAAUUAUUUUCGUGGUGGUUCAUUACAAAAUAUUAAAGUUGCUAUACCAUCAAAAUAUCGUCCAAUUAUUACAGAACAAUUCUUACAUUGUGAAAAUAAUAUACGAGAUACUACACAAUCAAAAACGGAUAUGUGUAAUCAAUACAUUUUUGUUGAUACUGCAAGUCCUGCUCAAAGACAAUAUCUCUUUCUUGAUACACCUGGUCUAUCAGAUACGCGCGGAGCUGAACAAGAUAAUGUCAAUAUGAACAAAAUUAUCGAUGGGGUUGAAUCAUUGGGCGGUUUAUCAGCAGUGAUCAUUGUUGUCAAUGGUACAACGGGACGUCUUACAUUGAAUCUUCGUAAUGUUAUUGCACGUCUUCGUGGUAAUUUACCUGAUGUUGUCAUGGAUAAUGUUAUUGUUAUUUUGACUAAUGCUAAACGGCAUGAAGCUAAUUUUAAUAUAUCAUCUCUUCAAUUACAUGGUACCGUUUAUCCAUAUUAUAUGCAAAAUUCCGCUUUUUCACAAGAUCCAAAUGCGUGGGAUCAAGCAGCACUUGAUGCAUUACAAUAUGAUUGGGAUGCAUCAAUGGAUGAAUUAAGGCGAAUGAUUGAAACAAUUGAUACAUUUAAAACAAAAUCUGUGACAGCAUUUAAAGAUAUGAAAGAUAUACGUAAUGCAAUAAAAGCAUUAAUGCAUGAGGCACGAUUAGAAGUUUCACGGAUACAAAGAAUGCAAGAUGAAUUAGCUGCAUUUGAACAUGCACUUAAACAAUACAGAACAGACGAAGUAACAUAUAAAGAUUAUACACGUGAACGAAUUGUUGAAACAAAAGAAUUAGUUGAUACAAAAUAUCAUUCAACUGUAUGUCGUAAAUGUGAUCAUGUUUGUCAUGAUAAAUGUGGUCUUCAUGAAACAUCAACAUAUGGAAAUCGUAUAUUUCAACGAUGUUGGGCUAUGUCACUUGAAGGUCAAUGUUAUAUAUGUCCAGGUCAUUGUCUCUAUACAGAACAUUAUCAUGCACGUAAAACAAUGAAAAUUAAACAACAAAAAUUACAAGAUGUACUUCAUGAUAUAAAAGCAAAAUAUGAUUUAGCAACACGUAAUAAAGCUGAUUUUGAAUCACGUAUAACAACAACACAAGAUGCAAAAAAAAUGUUAGAACGUGCAUUAAAACAAAAAUUAGAAGAAAUCAAACAUAAAUGUGCUGAAUUAAGACGAAUAUGUAGUGGUUUUAAUUUAGCUCAAGAAUUACAUGCACUUAUUGAUCAACUUAAAGCUGAAGCAGUUAUGUUAAGAAAUAUUGAAGCUAAACAACAAGCUGAAGAAUUUAUUCGUAGUUUAAGUGAAUUUUGUCGACAAUUAGAAGCUGAUCAAGUUGCAAGACAAGUUUUACCACCAAUGCGUCUUAUUGAUACAUAUACAUCAAAACCAUUUCGUUCACCAUCAAUAUCAUCAUCGACAUCAACAAGAAUAACAUCUCCAGCAUCACCAUCAGAAAAUACACCAAAUUUAAAUACAAGUGUACUUGAUUUAAUAACUAGAUUAAAUAAACCUAAAAAACCAUUACCACCAACAUCUGAUGAAGAUGAUGAUGAUAAUGAUGACAAUAGUGAAAACGAUGAUGAUAAUGAAAAUAUACGUGAAACACCAUCAACAUCAUCACGUUCUAGUCGUAAUCAUCAUCAAACAGAUAAUGAUAAUCAUCAUCAUGAUGAUGAAAUUAGUUCAAUACAUGAUCGUCGCAAACGACGUCAAUUACCACUAAAUCAUACUAAUACUAAUACUAAUAAUAAUAAUAAUUCUUUACAACAACAAUAUGCUGCAUUAACAACAACAGAACUUGUUCAACGAUAUACAGAUUGUAAAGAUGCACGAAAAUCAAAUGCAAUUUUAAUUGAACUUAAUCGUCGUUCACAAGGUAAAUCAACAGGUCCACUUGUUUCACCAACUGAUAUUGGUACAUUUGCACGUUAUACACAAUUAUAUGGUUCACAAGAUGCACCAACAUUAAGUCAUUUAUAUUUACAACUUCAACAAAGAAUUUCAAAUAUGACUGAACCUGAUAUACUUAAUAUUAUCCGUGUACCUGGUGAUCUUUUACUUGAAAUUUCUGCAAUUUAUACACUUAUUGCACAGAAAAAUCAACAACAACAACAAGGACAAAAUACUGAUGGAAAUUUUGCUAAUGAAUCUGCAUUUGAACGACCACCUGAUCAUAUAGCAUCUUCAAUGAUGAUGAAAAUGUCAACACCAACUUCUCAACCAGCUAUGGGGUUUUUUUCAUCUCCUGUUAGUCAUCAUUCAGGUGGAGCAACAACAACAACAACAUCAACAACACCUAAUACUUUUUUUAAACCUAUUCAACCAACAAAUAUGAAUAAUGUUAAUAUUCAACCAACUUCUUUACAAACACCAAUCUUUUCUUUACCAACGUCAACUCUUUCAUCAACGUCUUCGACACAACAACAACAGCAACAACAACAACCACAACCACAACAACAACAGCAAUCUUCUCUUUCGUUUGCAGGUUUUACAGGAUAUCAUACUGGUAGUGGAGAUAGCAAUAGUGCUUCUUCACAAUUUCAAUUUCAAAAACCACCCCCACCUCCACCUCCAUCUGUUGUUCCAUCAUCAUCAACUACUAUGAUGCCAAUCUCAACAACAAUACGAUCUGAUCGAUCCGUAACUGAUUCACCAUUUACAUUUAUUUCUCCACCAUCAUCGAAUGUUCUUGAAUCAACUUUUGCAUUUGUUACACCAACAACAACCACAGCAACAAAUAAAGAUGAUUAUACUAUGGUAAAUAUAGCACCAUUACCCAAUAUAAAAACUGAUGAUGAUAUAGCUAAUGAUAAUACAUUAACAAAUACAGAUAUGACACAUUUAUUAACAUUAUAUAAUGAUGCAAAAUUGUCAAAUAAAAAUGCACAAUUAUUUGCUAUUUAUCAAGAAUUAGAACGUCGUUGUACAGGUGCUAAUUGUAAUCAAUUAACAAAAGAUUAUUCUGUUAUAUAUGAAACAAAAUUAAAUGAACAUGCACAUAAAACAUUAACUGAAUUAAAACAAAUUUAUUCAAAUAUACAACAACAAAUACGUAUGCGAACAAAUAAUGAUGCGACACGUAUUAAUGAUGUACCUAAAGAAUUGAUUAUUGAAUCAGCUGCACUUUUAGCAAAUAUUAAACAAAAAGAAGCAUAUAUUUAA